UGCCUUUUUGAAUCAAUUUAUUCUACUCGUUGCUCGAAGUUUCCAGUUCGACAUAUUUUGUUUUCAUAGCUGACAUGAUAAUAUCUAUUUUUUUUUCUUUUCAAAAUUUAUAUCAUUUCUUAUAAGACCCAAAACCACCCGGCUAUUGAGUCUUUGGAGUGCAGGGGAUGCAGCUGUGACGUUGCCUCUUCAUAGUCCGUGCAUAAAACAGACCUGUAUGUGUGUGUUGGACACGGAAGAACGCGGAGUAUUUGUGAUUCUACAGGGAUAGAAAUAAGUGCUAAGUGUUUGACUUUUUACUGCUGGUCUCCUGUACAAAGAUUAGUAAUUUAUUAUAAUAUAUUUGCUUAUCUGCCUCUGAGACUGUGUUGCUUGUCAGGAGCCUUGCCAUUGCAAUUCCUUCUCUUGCAAACACUUGAUCCAGCUCGACUCCGCCAGCUGUUGCUACCCUGCUACUGUAGAAUCAUUUGAACCAGGAGUGCAGACCUCCCUCAAAGCAAUGGUGUCCAGCAACAUAACAGAAGCACCAGUGUGUUUGAAUUGGUGUGCCAAUUCCUCCAACAUGACCUAUACCAAAAUAGAGCUCUCUGUUAUCAUCUCGAUCUUUUCAAUGACUGUGGGGAUCGUGUCUAACAGCCUGGCCCUGGCCAUCCUCGUGAAGGCCUACAGGCAUUUCAAGCUGAAGUCCAAAGCGUCUUUCCUGCUCUUCGCCAGUGGCUUGGUAAUCACAGACUUCCUAGGACAUCUCAUCAACGGAUCAAUAGUGAUGCUGGUUUACUCCUUGCACAAAGACUGGGAUACGUUUGACCCCCAGAAAAUACUCUGCGGCUUUUUCGGGGCCUGCAUGGUGUUCUUCGGCCUGAGCCCCUUGUUGCUGGGCAGCGUGAUGGCAGUGGAGCGCUGCAUAGGGGUCACCAACCCAAUAUUCCAUUCCACCAAACUCACCUCCAGACACAUGAAGAAGCUGCUGGCUCUGGUCUGGCUAUUUGCCAUUUUUAUAGCUCUGCUGCCGAUCAUGGCAAAGAGGCCCUACGUAGUGCAGGAAUCCAAAAGCUGGUGCUUCUUCAAAAUAAAGAACAAGAGGGACUGGGUGGACGUGUUCUUCCCACUGCUCUUUUCUACCCUGGGAUUGGUGUCCCUUUUCAUUUCCAUCCUGUGCAACACUGUCACAGGAGUCACCCUCAUCCGGUCCAAAAUGAGAAGCGAAAAGCACAGGCAAGGCAGGUCUCACCACUUCGAAAUGAUAUGCCAGCUGCUGGGUAUCAUGCUGGUCUCCUGUAUCUGCUGGGGUCCAUUUCUGGUUAUUGUUAAAAUUGGAAGCACUGAUUCUCAGAAUAACGUGAGCUCUGAAAGGAUGCUGCUUGCUCUGCGAAUGGCCACAUGGAAUCAGAUUUUAGACCCCUGGGUGUACAUUCUCCUCAGAAAGGCUGUGCUGAAAAAACUUUUCAUAAUAACCAGUCGCUGCUGCGGAUAUAAAAUCCUCAAUCUCUACAAAUGGAACUGCAGUUCUAUGAAAUGUUCCAUGAGGAUGACAUCCAUGUCAAGCCAGCCAGGCUUGGUCCCAGAAAGUUCUAUUAGAAGUGUCAUGCCUGAUACUGUUAUUAGUGGCACAGUGCCAUGUACUUGAAGUGAAGGAUGCUAAAGAAAGCAAUACGACCAGAAUCAGCUGGGCUUCCUUCUGUGAAGCACAGAGUUGAGUGAGUGCAGGUGCUGAAAGUGCAGGUUUUAUGUUAUGUUAGUAGAAUAUUUAUGGGACAGACAUCUUAAUUUAUUCGUGUUGACUAAAAGCACAUCUAAUACAAUAGUGCUUGAGCUUAUCAAUGCAAUUGUUCCAAAAGAUUUGUGCCAUAUUGGUAACUACAGCCCAAUAAAUGUGGCUAUCUGCAACAGAAAUACUAUUUAGAAAGGAGAUAUGCACAGAAGUUGAAUCAUUUAGCAGAUGCUGUAUAUUAAAUGAUAGCACAAUGUUUUUAAUAGAUUUACAGUUCAUUGCUAAUUUGGUGCAUGGCUUCCUUCAUUGGAAUCAGCUAUGCUUAUUGGAGUUUGGAUUAUGAAACCAGUAUCGAGAUAAUUUAGACUAAGCAACUUCAGAUCUCACUUUGUUUUGAAACAAUGUUGUGGUAUAGACAGGUACUGUGAAUUAAGAGUCCAAACAGGUUGUAUUGUACAUACAUAUAUACCAGAAUGGUACUAAAGCUUGUAUGUUUUCUGGUGUAACUAUUGUAAAUACUGUAUUUACGGGCAAAGCCUGGAUUACAGACAAGCCCAGGUUUUAUUUAGAAACACGCUUACAUUAUUUUAGUUAAUCACCGUUGACCCAGAGGUGUCUUUGGAGGCAACUUGAGCACACAUAUAAAUAACACCUCCUUUUGUGCUUUCAAUGCAAUACAUUUCCCAUCAGAGUAAACUAGGCUAACUAGUAUUGCUCUGUGUACCAGUGUUGGAGGUAAAUGAAUGCAUAAGAAACACUUUAAAAGCUUGGUUUCUUGUACUCAUGAAACUAUAACAUUCAUAAUAAAACAUCACCACAGUGUUAUGUCUGGUUUACCCUGCUGGAAAUAUAAACUACACUGUACAAAGGAGCCAUUAUGUAGAAGUUCCACCCAAAGUAGUCUGCAGGUCAGUAGUAAUGAACUCAAUUACAGUGGUGCUGUGUGCUUCUAAAAUAUGUCCUUAAUUAUAGCUUCUCAACUCAUCUCUUUUGGUUGACUUGUCUGUAACUAACAAACAAACAGACUUUCCAUCUGUGUUAUGAAGCAAAUGCACCAGUAUGGGUGUGUUUCCAGCACAAUCUCAAACCACUGGUAAUUUGUACUGGUAUCCUAGGCUUACCAGGGUAUGGACCAAUGUUUUUAUGAAACAUUCACCGGAUUUCGAUUUACCAGGGAAAUGAAGGCAAAUUGCAAAUAAUGUCCAGAUCGUUUAAAGUAAAUAAGGUGGCAAAAUAACAAUGGCAAAAACUGGUAUAUAUAAAGAAAAAAGAUUGGAAAACUGUUAAAAUAUGUUUAAAUAUCUGUUGUUUGUGAUAGUUAAUGUUCUGUUUUGAAUAUUGUAUUGUUUGUUUUAUCUGUGAAAACUAUACUACUGGCAAUGUGCUUUAGCUUUGCUGUGGGACUUGGUGAUCUAAGCGUUUCAGGUUGAUUGUAGCUGGGGAGCUUUCCAAGGAUCUGUCUUGGACCUGGCAUCUGUCCCAUCUGGAAAGUUGUAUGAUAAACAAGUCUUGCCAAGUCAACAGCAUCCUAUCACUGGUUUGAUCCAAUUGCUAAAAAACAGGAUCUUCGCAUUUCAGAAAUCAUGUGAAUGUGCUUUCUCCCCAUUCCCCUGAUCCCCCACAGUAUUGAUACAUUAGUAUAAGUAGCUUCAGAUCAUACUUUGCUGAGAUCUGACCUUUUCAGACCACAAGAUAAUAUCCUGGGCCCCAUUGCUCUGUUUUAAUAGAAUGAAUCACCUCUAACAGAGCUGUUGUAUGUGUUUCUUCUACCUUUAAAAAGCUUUUCCAUGCUCUUGCUUUAAGACCUUGCCAGCUUCUUGCGAUGCUUGAGUGAAGCAACAGAACAAACAGCAGGCAUUGUUCAACCCUCCUGGCAGUUAUGUGCAUAAAGUUUGAAUUGUGCCAACAUUAAGGACGUUACUACACGGAUUCAGAAUUUCCAUUGCUUAAACAUGUGCAGGUGCAUGUAUUAAAUGUUUGUUAUGCGUCUGUUUAUUUACUCGUUAACUGCAACAUUUUAAUGUAUCAAUAUUAGAAUCUCUGUUGCUAUUCAGCAGGUCACUGUAAAGACAGGCUAAUUACAAACAGAGAAAACAUUAGAAUCAGAAUAUAUCUUAUUUUUAUUGAUAAUGGCCUUUAUAUCAGUAUUUGCUACUGUAUGCAGAGUAACACGCAUGUUUACAGAGACAUAUUCCAUUGAAGACCCAAUAAUAAUACUAAUAAUAAUAAUAAUAUGUAUUGCUCAAUUGGGGUCCUAUUAAACACAACUAACAGAAUACUGUAUAUUUGAAACAAAUCACAAUGAUUUUAAAACAUGUAUGGAAUCAUAAGUUACUGGUUGUUAAACAGCUACAAAUGUUCAGUCCCAUUGGAGAGUGUUGUUUUAUUUGGGACUAGUUGGACAUCUGCUGGUGAAUAAAUGUAUUACUUAAGAUUCUGCUAACACUGUAAAGAUUAAACGAAACCUCAUAGCAGCCUUGGCUUCUAAGCCGGUGGCCUCACAAGA